AUGGAUGACGACUAUGGAGCAGACGAGGAGCUUCUGGCCGCCAUGGCCGCCGCAGAUCCAACCCCCAUCCCGCGCAGGCCCAUCCAGCAGCCCACGCCGAGCAAGAUCCAGCAGCCUACGCCGCAGCGCCUCGACAAGGCGCCUCCGUCUGCUUCAGGUGCUGGAAAGGUCGUCCAGCCUACACCGCAGGCUCUACCGCAGAAGCAGUCCGGCUCGACCAUCCUCGUGUCUCCGCGCCAAAGGGGGAAUCCCGUCUUGACCAGCGUUCGAUCGAUGCCGUGGGAGUACAGCGAUAUCCCGGCCGACUUUGUCUUGGGGCUGGGCACUUGUGCUCUAUUUCUGAGUCUUAAAUACCAUCGCCUCCAUCCCGAGUACAUCUACACCCGAAUCCGCAACCUCCAGGGCAAAUACAACCUCCGCGUCCUCCUCACCAUGGUCGACAUUCCAAACCACGAAGCAUCGCUAAAGGAGCUCUCCAAGACAUCUCUCGUCAACAACGUCACCCUUAUUCUAUGCUGGUCCGCCGCCGAGGCCGCACGCUACCUCGAAUUAUACAAGAGCUACGAGAACGCCUCCUUUGGCGCCAUCCGUGGUCAGCAACCCUCGAGCUAUGGCGAAAAGCUUGUCGAGUUUGUCACCGUCCCGAGGAGUCUGAACAAAUCUGAUGCGGUCGCCCUCGUGAGCAACUUUGGUAGUCUGAAGAACGCUGUCAACGCGGAUGCCGAGCAGCUCGGCAUGCUCAACGGCUGGGGCGGUAUUAAGGUCAAGAGGUGGACAUCAGCAGUCGGAGAUCCCUUCAGAGUCAAGAAGGCAGCUAAAAGGGGUGCGAAAGCUACACAGCGCUCCUCCAAGCUAGAUCAGGCCGUUCCGCUUUCACGUGUGCCUCUUCGAGAAAUGUCUUCGGCCGGACCGUCAACAGCAAAGGACACGCCGACUUUGGCAGAGCCAGCAGUAAAACAGUUUCAGUUUAUGGAUAAUACAGACGAUGAGGAUGAGGAGGAGGCGAUGCUUGCAGCUGCCAUUGAGGCGUCUAAGAAGACAGCCCAGGCGGAUGAGGCUAAGCGGACGAGCCAAGCAGAUAAGGAAGACCAGCUUGAUGGGGGUGUUGCCGCUGCAUUGGCAAGGCUACGGGAGAGCGGCUGA